AUGACGUUUAAUCCUCCCUCUUGGGCUCCUCAGCUCCCUAACAUCCCCGAUUCAAUCAGCGUAGCAGACUUUAUCAACACCGAUAAAGCAGGCCGAAAAGCCUUUUCUAGUUCAAAAAAUCCCUACACAUGCGGUGUCACAGGUCAAUCGCGUUCUGCUACUGAAGUUGCUCAACGAGUCGACUUCCUCGCGCGGGGUUUGUCCAAGGCUGUCGGAUUUGACGCUCAUGAUGGAACAGCUUGGGAACGAGUUGUCGCCAUCUAUGCACUCAACACGAUUGAUUAUAUCCCCGUUACACACGCCAUUCACCGCGUAGAUGGCAUCGUCACACCAGCAAGCUCAGCGCAUUCGGUGUCCGAGUUGGAACACCAGCUUCGAUCAUCCAGGGCGAAAGCGCUAUUUACCUGUGCUCCUCUCCUCGAUACUGCGGUAAAAGCAGCAAAGACAGUUGGAAUUCCCGACAAGAACAUCUUUUUACUUCCCCUACCUGAUGUUCCCUCAGAUGGUUCCUACAAGUCAAUUGAAGACCUCAUCUCUGAGGGUCAGAAUCUCCCACCUCUGUCCAUCCCCGCAUGGAUCCCAGGACAGGGUAAGAGACAGACAGCGUACCUCUGCUACUCAAGUGGCACGUCUGGUCUUCCCAAAGCGGUUAUGAUCUCUCACUACAACGUUAUUGCAUGCACCAUAAUGAUCCAUACAUACGAGACCAUGACCCGCCAACAAGAUGGCAUCGACACACAAGUCGCACUCGGAUUACUACCCUUCAGUCAUAUCUACGGCCUGGUUGUCAUCGCGCAUAUCGCACAGUACCGAGGCGACGAGACAGUCGUAAUGCAGCGCUUCCAGCUCGAUCAACUUUUAGCCUGCAUUCAAAAGUUCCGCAUCGAACAACUCAGCGUUGUGCCACCUAUCAUCGUACAGCUUCUAAGCAGCCAGGAUAAGUGUCGCAAGUACGACCUCAGUUCUGUCAGACUCGUCUUUUCAGGCGCUGCACCUUUGGGAGGCGAGACGAUUCAGAAGUUGUUGGAACACUAUCCGAAAUGGCGAAUUAGCCAAGGCUACGGCUUAACGGAAGCUUCACCCUCGGUCUUCCACACAAGCGAAGCAGAUGCCUUCCUGGGAUCAUCAGGCUCUCUUCUUCCGGGCGUAAAAGUAAAGAUCAUUGAUCAACACGGUAACGAAGUCACAGAGCACGAAACGCCAGGCGAGUUGUACGUUCAAGGGCCAAAUGUUGUACUUGGUUACUUGCACAACGAGAAGGCGAAUGCAGAGACAUUUGUCUGGCGCGAAGACGGGCGCUGGCUGAGGACAGGCGAUGAAGUACUUGUGCGCAAGUCAGAGCGUGGUUUCGAGCACUUCUUUGUGGUUGAUCGGAUUAAAGAACUUAUUAAAGUCAAGGGUCACCAAGUCGCGCCAGCAGAAUUGGAGGCUCAUCUCCUCGACCAUCCCUACGUCGCCGACAGCGCAGUAAUCGGCAUUGUCGACGAGCGCGCGGGAGAAGUCCCCUUGGCAUUCAUCGUCAAGAGCAGAGAAGCAAGCGGCAUUUCUGACGAAGAUGUUGUGAAAGCGGUACAUCAGCAUGUUGAGGAACACAAGGCAAGGCAUAAGUGGUUGAAGGGUGGAGUGAGGGUAUUGGAUGUCAUUCCCAAGUCGCCCAGUGGAAAGAUCCUGAGACGGGUCUUGAAGGCAAAGGUCGCUGCAGAGAAACCAGUUGCGAAGCUAUAA